AUGCUCGAACGCAAGGCAGACCAACAAACACACCAUAGGAGCUUUGUGGAUUCAAAGGAUUUGCUUUCGCUUCUGAAAGAGCCGCUAUUCUUUGAUGAUUGGGUAGCGGCAAACUUCAAAGCCAUAAAUCUUCCCUCUGACUGGUUGGCGGCCCGGCAAAGUCCUUAUCAAAUUCUUGGAGGUGAUCCUGGCGCAGUCAGACAGUCCGCGGAGAUCGCGCAGCGGGGGGGUGGGACGCGCACGGAGGCGAAGAGAUCAGAAGGAAAGGGAGAGAGAGGGGGAGAGAGAAGGAAACUGGGCAGCUUCUCGUCUUCCCCUCGGCGUCCUCAUGCCUCAGCAGUGCCCCGGCGCCUUCCCUUCGCCCCGGGCGCAGUAGCCAUGGCCGCGGUGGCUGUCCUCCGGAACGACUCCCUCCAGGCUUUCCUCCAGGACCGCACCCCCAGCGCCUCCCCAGACUUGGCCAAGCACUCGCCCCUGGCUCUUCUGGCCGCUACUUGUAGCCGGAUCGGGCAGCCGGGCGCCGCGCCCUCGGAUUUCCUGCCGGUCUCCUACGACCCGACGCUGGGAUCCCCCUCUAGGAUCUUUCACCCGUGGAGCGGCGAGAUGCCAGCGCACUCCCCGGGAGGGUUGCCGCCGCCUCAUCCCAGCUUGGGGUUGACCCCUCAGAAGAACCACCUGCAACCCUCCUUCGGGGGUUCUCACGAACUGCCCCUCACCCCGCCGGCGGAUCCCUCCUAUCCUUACGAGUUCUCUCCCGUCAAGAUGCUGCCCUCUUCCAUGGCCGCUCUGCCAUCCAGCUGCCCGCCCGCCUACGUCCCCUACGCCGCCCAGGCCGCCCUGCCGCCCGGGUACUCCAACCUGCUUCCUCCCGCCCAGCCCUGCCGGCAGCUGUCGCCCAACCCGCCGCCCGAGGACAUCCCCUGGUGGAGCAUCCAGCAGGCCAGCGCCCCGGGCGGCUGCGGCCACCGCUUUCCCGCGGCGGCGGCGCUGCCGCGGAGCCUGGUGCUGGGGCACUCGGACUUCGCUCAGUACCAGACGCAGAUCGCCGCCCUGCUGCAGACCAAGUCUCCCCUGGCGGCCACGGCCAGGAGGUGCCGCCGCUGCCGCUGCCCCAACUGCCAGUCGGCCGCGGGCAGCGCCCCUGAGGCAGAGCCGGGCAAGAAGAAGCAGCACAUCUGCCACAUCCCCGGCUGCGGCAAGGUGUACGGCAAGACCUCGCACCUGAAGGCGCACCUGCGCUGGCACACGGGCGAGCGGCCCUUCGUCUGCAACUGGCUCUUCUGCGGGAAGAGCUUCACCCGCUCCGACGAGCUGCAGCGGCACCUGCGGACUCACACGGGCGAGAAGCGCUUCGUCUGCCCCGAGUGCGGGAAGCGCUUCAUGCGCAGCGACCACCUGGCCAAGCACGUCAAGACCCACCAGAACAAGAAGCUGAAGGCGGUGGCGGACGGCGUCAAGCGGGAGGACAGCCGCGACCUGUGA